CUGUUAUCUCAACUCAUCCUCUCCCUUAUUUCUGCCAUUAAUCAGAAGCAUCUCUCUCUCUCUCUCUCUCUCUCUCUCCACUACUACUUCGCUUCAACUUCCCUCUCCUCACUCUGAAGUACAGGAACAAUGUCUGACAAAAUCACAGCUGAAAAUCUUCUAAACACUCUCGUGGAAACAAUUGCUGAGAAGAAAAAAUCUGUAUCAUUCUUUGAGGAAGAGAAGUCAAACUCAGUGAGCUCCCAAUUCAAUAGACUCUUUGGACGCCAGAAACCCGUGCACCAUCUUUUAGGGGGUGGAAAAUCUGCUGAUGUCUUGUUGUGGAGGAACAAGAAGAUCUCUGCUAGCAUUUUAGCAGCUGCAACUGCUAUAUGGGUGCUUUUUGAAUGGCUUAAUUAUAAUUUCCUAACUCUUUUAUGCUUUGCUCUGGUUCUUGGCAUGCUUGCACAGUUUCUUUGGAUAAAUGCUUCUGGCUUGUUGAGCAGAAAGCCCUCUAAAGUUCCCCGAUUUGUUCUCCCAGAAGAUUUCUUUGUGAAUAUUGCAACUGCAGUUGGUACUGAGGUUAACCGUGGUUUGAGGUUUCUUCAAGAUGUUGCAUGUGGAGGAAACCUGAAGCAAUUUCUUCUUGCUGUAUUCGGAUUAUGGGCUGGUGCGGUGAUUGGGAGCUGGUGCAAUUUUGUGACUGUCCUGUAUAUUGGUUUUGUUGCUGCACAUACACUCCCUGUUCUCUACGAAAGGUACGAGGAUCAAGUUGACAACUUUGUGUACAAGGUCUUUGAUCAGAUGCGAAAUCAAUAUCAGAAGCUGGAUGCUGGUUUGCUUAGCAAAAUUCCCAAGGGAAAGCUCAAAGGAAAGAAAUUUGAAUAAAGUCAUCCUUAUGUAAAUGGUUUGAAUUUCAUUACCCAUUUCUUAGUUAAGAUGGCAAUUGGGAAAGCCUGAAGGAAGUAACUAGUGAAAAAAAGAUUUCUGACAUGGUUUUUAUUAGGACACAAUUGCAAUUAUUGCUUCUGCUUUGGCUUUAAUAUUUCCUUUUUCUAUGAUGUGGUCUUCAAAAUUUGUGCUCUCUAGUCUCAUUAUUUGACUG